UGGAGGGGGACGAGCGCGAACGGCAUAAAUGGAACCUGAUAAAAAGGGGGGCGCGUGCCUUCGAAGUGCCACAGAAGAACGGGAGACUGGAGAGAGCGGACACAGCCCGGCACCUGGCGUUUCACAAUCUGCUGAUGCGAAUUCCCGCUUCCUCCUUUCACCACUGCCAGCAAGAGAGCUUCUUCAUCUUCACAAGAUUGUCCAGGAGUGAAGCAGUGCAGUUGCAGAUGUGAAUUGCAUUCUGAGCAACGGCAUACUGGUGAAGCUGCCCAGAGCAGGAUAAGCAGGGACGAGCAGCGUUUUCCAAAAGAGGACCUGACACGGAGCAAGAGAGCCCGGCUGAGUCUCUCUCGAGAUGAAGAAAAGCAGGAGUGCACAGGGGGUUGCACCAGGCGAUGAGAAUAAGGAGCCUCCUGGGGGACAAUUUUCUGCAAGCAACACCCUCGGGGUGGAGGUGUGCAAAGUCCACAGGCGCUUUUCUGGCAACCUGCAGCUGCCUCCGUUGUCAUGGCGACAGGCGGAAAAGGAGCGGGACAGGGCCAGGCCGCUCACGCCAGAGGAAGAUCCCGUGACCCGAAUGAGACCCACCAGUCUGCCCAUCGUGUCUCUGCCGCGCAUCGACAUCACACAGGCCGACCCUGACAGCUUUGAAGUGGAGAAUGGCCCAUCGUUGUGCUGCAGUCCCUCAGACCCACAGGCAUCUCCAGGUUCAGGUCUGGUUCUACACCCCAACCUGGCAGGCCACAGCCAGCGCCGAGAGUCCUUUUUGUACCGCUCUGACAGCGACUAUGAACUGUCACCCAAGUCCUUGUCUCGAAAUUCGUCCAUUGUAGGAGAAUUGCAUGGAGAGGAUUUGAUUGUGACUCCAUUUGCCCAGGUUCUGGCAAGUCUCCGGACCGUAAGGAACAACUUCACCACCCUGACAAAUGUACAGUGUGUAUCUAAUAAGAGGUCUCCUGCUGCAAAUCAGCCCUGUGUCACCAAAGUGUGUCUGUCUGAUGAGUCCUACCAGAAGCUGGCUAUGGAGACCAUGGAGGAGCUGGACUGGUGUCUGGACCAGCUGGAGACCAUACAGACCUACCGGUCUGUCAGCGACAUGGCUUCCAACAAGUUCAAGAGGAUGCUGAACCGGGAGCUUAGCCACCUGUCUGAGAUGAGCCGCUCAGGAAACCAAGUGUCAGAGUACAUCUCCAACACAUUCCUAGACAAGCAGAAUGAGUUGGAGCUUCCAUGUCCGGCUCCAAAGUCCAGGGAAAGGAAGCGGAGGCAGGGCCAGCAGCAGCAACAGCAGCUGCAGAGUGGGAUGAUGACACAGAUCAGCGGCGUGAGAAAGGUCAGCCAUACGUCCAGCAUCUCCGGGAGCUCCACGAGUCGCUUUGGGGUCAAGACGGACCAGGAGGACUUGCUGUCGAAGGACCUGGAGGACAUCAACAAAUGGGGGCUGAACAUCUUCAAAAUCGCGGAGCAUUCCCACAACCGGCCACUCACGUGCAUCAUGUACACCAUCUUUCAGGAGCGAGACCUGAUGAGGACGUUCAGGAUUCCGACGGACACCUUUGUGACGUUCAUGCUGACCCUGGAGGGCCACUACCACUCGGACGUGGCCUACCACAACAGCCUGCACGCCGCAGACGUGGCCCAGUCCACACACAUCCUCCUCUCCACGCCCGCCCUGGAUGCGGUCUUCACUGAUCUGGAGAUCCUAGCGGCCAUUUUUGCUGCGGCCAUUCACGACGUCGACCACCCAGGAGUGUCCAACCAGUUCCUCAUCAACACCAACUCUGAGCUGGCUCUGAUGUACAACGAUGAGUCAGUGCUGGAGAAUCACCACCUGGCCGUGGGCUUCAAACUGCUGCAGGAAGACAACUGCGACAUCUUCCAAAACCUCACCAAGAAGCAGAGGCAGACGCUCCGGAGGAUGGUCAUAGACAUGGUUUUGGCGACUGACAUGUCUAAACACAUGAGUCUGCUGGCUGAUCUGAAAACCAUGGUGGAAACCAAGAAGGUCACCAGCUCUGGUGUCCUGCUGCUAGACAACUACACAGACAGAAUGCAGGUUCUGCGUAACAUGGUUCACUGUGCAGACCUGAGCAACCCCACCAAGCCUCUGGACCUGUACCGGCAGUGGACCGACAGGAUCAUGGAUGAGUUCUUCCACCAGGGAGACAGAGAGAGGGAGAGGGGGAUGGAGAUCAGCCCCAUGUGUGACAAACACACGGCUUCAGUAGAGAGAACUCAGGUCGGCUUCAUCGAUUACAUCGUCCACCCUCUGUGGGAGACAUGGGCCGACCUGGUCCAUCCCGAUGCCCAGGACAUCCUGGACACUUUGGAGGACAACAGGAACUGGUACCAGAGCAUGAUACCGCAAAGCCCCUCUCCUCCUUUCUACACUGGCGAUGGAGAGGGAAGCCCACACGAGGAGGUGGAGGAAGCGCGCAAAUUUCAAUUUGAACUCACGCUGGAGGAGCAGGAAGGACAAGGUGGAGACGGGGACAGCCAGGCGAUGGACACGGCCGACGGAUGUGUCCACGUGGCGCAUCCCUGCGAUCAGGACGAGGUGGAAAUGACGACACACGACGCCUCUUGAGCGGAAACAUGGCCGAAUUGGUGGUGUUCCUAGAGAGCAGUCAAUUUUGCUGAAUUCAUUUUUUUGCAGUGGAGCAAUCCUGCAAUGUGGCUCUUUGGAGCCGGCUGGCUAAGAGGGCCUGACUGAAUGUGGGGCACCCCUGCGAUCGAGGGUUGGAAACCCUGCAGCAGGGGUUUCCCUAGAAGGGAGCUUGAAGAGUGUGGCCUCUGUUCUUUGAAGAAGGGACUACUGUCACCACUGACAGCAGACACAGGCCUGAAUCUGGCUUCUUACACAAAGGAUGUGAAGAGGAUGGUUUGAUUCCGUGUACUGGGACAAGUAAAACGUCUAGACUUGCACUUCAGGACAUUUUUUUUAAUGUUCAUUUGGAUUUUCUGCUUUGUGUCAAGAUUGGAUACAACCUGAUAGUGUCCAACACAAACUACUGGUCUACAAGAUAUUUGUUACCAAGUAGGUGUUUUUUUUAACACUUGUCUGAAAAACAUAGUGUGCCUUUUUUUUUGUUUUUGUUUUUUUUUUUGUUUUUUUACGACCAUAUUUUUAAAAGUGUUUUUCUAAUUUAUUGAACACAUUCAUGUAGCUGUGUAACGUGCUAAAUUUUCUACAGAAAAGACAUAGUUGUCUCACACAGUCUUCCUAACGUUCUGGCAAUAGUAUAAGCUUGUACUCACAGAGGCGUUGAGUGGAUGUAUUUCUGAAAUCAGUGGACUUCCCAGCACAAUUUGCACUUUGUGGCAUGCUGUAAAAUGAAGAGAGUGGAAAGCAUCUGUAAUUUAUAGAUGACCUCACAAUACGUGUGUAAAACCAAAUACUUUUAUUUGAUUCAGCCAAAUGUUUUAUUUCCAAUAAUUCAUUACAUAAGCAAUUAAAUAGGUCGCUGAUGAUUCACUGAAAGUGGGGAAAAAACAGACAACUUCCGAAGGUCCUGUAAAGAAAGCACUUCUGAAUUCACUGCCACCCCUCAAAAGUUUGACCAUUAGCCAGGAGAGUCACUGGUGUGACGGGUAAAACCUCCAGCAGGCUUCCCGUAGUCUGCUGGAGUGCUGAGGCAAGCACAAGCCAAACAACAACUAGAAUUUCAACAUCGACUGAGAUAAACAUUUAAAGUCCCUUUUUAAUUGUGUUUUUUUCCAGAAUGUAGAAACUGUUUCCGCUAAGGAAAAGAAAAAAAGAAAAAAAUCUCCUUUUGCAUUGGCUGUCACAGACACACCUGUUGUGGUUGAAGCAUUCCAUUCUCGUGACUUCACGCGGUGACUCAUUUUCAACUUUGAAUGGCUGUGAGGUUGUGGGCACAAUUUCAAACAAGAAGAGAGACCUGUUAGUGAUUGAACUAUUGUAUCUCGUAGUUUUUUAUUGCAGCACUUUGAACAUGUCGACCGUUCUGCAGCUGGUUGCGGAUCUGUCCAACACUACCUUAAAGGUACCACAUUGCGAGGUGCAACCGUCAUAAUAAGUGGGGGAUCAAUUUUGUGUCACGACAUGACAUUCUUCUCCGGUGUGUGUGUGUGUGUGUGUGUGUGUGUGUGUGUGUGUGUGUGUGUGUGUGUGUGUGUGUGUGUGUGUGUGUGUGUGUGUUGUGUGAAUGCGUGUGAGUCCGUCACGAAAUCGCACAAUCUCGUUGCACCAAGCUGUGUCGUGUUGACCCUUAAGCUGUUUGUAACAGUGUAUUUAUUACCUUUUCCUUGUAUAUGAUAAUAUUGAUAUUGAUAAUAUUCACUGUAUAUUUGUUAUUAUUUAUAUGCACUACCACAAAUUGAUGGAACUCGUCUGGUGGUUCGUCUGUUAUUUAGCAAGGUGUUUUGCUAUGAGGCCAUAACAUUAAGUUAUGCAGGUCAAUUUUUGACAGAAGUAUGGUUGAAGUUCCAGCCGGAAAUUGUUCGUACAAAAUCAACAACACCUCGCGUGAGGUGCCCUAGCAGAAGCUUUCGUUCCCGGCUGAUCAUGAUGGCUGGAUUCUCUCUGCGGAUUAUUGUGUACGGUGACGGGUCAUUGUACAGUUACAGGAAUAUUUGCUGAAAUAUAAAGCAUUGUUUCAAAUGUAUUUUUUCAGUGUUUUCCUCACAGUAUAUUGUAAAAUGUCACAUGUUGUGCUCAACAAAAUGUUUUCUAUCAGAUUAUUAAAAUGGGCAUGUAUAACAGAA